UCAUGCUGCUGCCAAGUCCAGAGUCUCUCAUGGGUCCCUGUACGGCCUCCCAUUGCUGCUGUCUCCAUCGCCACACUCUGCCAUGUGCCACUUUCAGGUCUCCUCACACUGCUGGUGUGUUCCAUUUUUUGUCAUAGGGUGCUGGCAGAUUACGGGCCUCCCAUAGCUGCUGCCAGGCCCCUAAUCUGCCAUGGGCCCCUAUACCGCCUCCUCAUGCUGCUGCCAGGUCCAGAGUGUGUCAUGGGUCCCUGUACGGCCUCCCAUUGCUGCUGUCUCCAUCGCCACACUCUGCCAUGUGCCACUUUCAGGUCUCCUCACACUGCUGGUGGGUUCCAUUUUUUG